AUGGGCAUCUCCGACAACGAUGUACAGAAGCAACUCCGCCACAUGAUGGCUUUCAUCGAGCAGGAGGCUAAUGAGAAGGCUGAAGAAAUUGACGCUAAAGCCGAAGAAGAAUUCAACAUUGAGAAGGGACGUCUUGUUCAACAACAACGUCAGAAGAUCAUGGAAUUCUACGAGAAGAAGGAGAAACAAGUCGAGUUGCAGCGAAAAAUUCAGUCAUCAAACUCCCUCAAUGAGGGCCGCCUAAUGUGUCUGAAGGCUCGAGAAGAUCAUAUCAGAAAUGUGCUUGAAGAGGCAAGAAUGAACUUGUCGAAGAUUUCUGGUGAUCAAGCUCGUUAUCCUUCAAUUCUCAAGGGUCUAAUCAUGCAGGCUAUGCUACAACUUCUUGAGAAAGAAGUCACCCUCCAGUGUCGCGAAAAAGAUCUCCCACUAGUUGAGAAGCUUCUUCCAGAGUGUCUUGAUGCCCUUGAAAAGGAAUGGGGAGAGAAAACUAAGGUUACGAUAGACAAGCAACACUAUUUGUCGCCCGAAUCUGCUGGAGGAAUCGAACUGACCGCAAAGGCUGGAAAAAUUAGAGUUUCAUCCACACUAGAAAGUCGAUUGGAUUUAAUUGCUAGUCAGAUUGUGCCACAAAUUCGUACGGCACUGUUCGGUCCCAACCCCAACAGAAAAUUCUUUGACUAAUCAUUACUUUGCUUCUUCUGUACAUGCCCAAAUUGACCUUUUUCCACCAUAUUCGUGUUGUUCUCGCAUAGGUCAGAUUCAGAGUCCGCGGCUUAUCUUUCUCGCUAUAGUCUAUCUAGCUUAGCUGUGUUCGAUUUUAGCCCGGACCUCAUCGUAUUACUGCAAGUUUCACCCGCAUGAAACUUACCAAUGAUCCGCCAACCAUUCCAUGAUCGUGCUUGUAUGUGAUAGAAUUCGCCGAGUUACCCGAAAAAGACUUGACACGUCUAUUAUCACUUAGAGUAUUUAUAGAUAGUCAGGUCGUUUUGUUUACUUAAUAUUGAUAUUGAGUUUCUCUCUUAUGUUUUGCGCACACAUGAUAAAUGGAUAUUAUAGAAAUGUUUCGUUGGUGUCAUCAUGCAAUCGGCUUGCCUAACCUACCAG